AUGAUUCGCACGUUGCUUCUGCUGUCGCUGGCAGGCUUGACUGCGUCGCAGACAUGCUGGGCUGGCAUCCCGUCCGGUCUGACCUCCACUCCGGGAAUGUUGGUAAAGACCAUGGGCACCGAUACUACAGCAUGCCCGACCACGACGACGACUACGACCACCACGACAACAACCACGACUACCACCACCACCACCACGACCACGACCACGACCACGACCACGACCACGACCACGACCACGACCACUACCACCACGACGACCACAACGACGACGACGACCACCACCACCACUACCACCACCAGCACCACCACCACCACCACCUCUACCACCACAACCACCACGACCACCACGACCACCACCACCACAACCACCACCACCACAACCUCGGCGCCCACCUGUGAUCCCACUUUCAGUUUGCGCAUGUCUGGCACGGACAAGUUCAGCGGCUUGGACCGCGCGGCCAGCUCAGGUUGCAACAGCCUGGGCUACGGAUCAACCUGCAACGUGACCUUCACUGCACAGACCAGCGGAGUGGCCAAGUGCGUUGCAGCCGGCACCUACACCUUCUACUGCCCGGAUGCGGCUGGCUUGUCAACCGAAUUGUUGGCCCAGGAGGCCUACCUACAGUGCAAGGUGUGCGGAGCGACCUUCACAGAUACCGACGAGAGUACAGGGAGCUAUGCGGGUGUGGUCUACUGGGGACCGAACAUGCUCAAUGGCGUUGUGGAUGAGAGCUUUGUGGACUACUAUGCCAUCGUCCCAGUGGACGAUUGCGGCAUCCCUCAAUCAAACCUCCUGGGAUGGGUUGGGAAGAAGACCCCCGCCGCCACGUGCUGCGACAACAUGAAGUAUUCCGCCACCAUUACCCUGAGCGGCUACAGCAAGAUCAUGGUAGCCCCCGGUUCCUACCCCUCCACCAUGAACUUCCUAAAUGACGGUGUGGUGAUUGAUCUGGUAGACGCCACGACAACCACCACAACUUCCGGCGGCAUGGGUGGCGGCAUCAGCGGCGCCUCAGCCAUGCAGAUGGCCCCAAUAACCUUGCUAGUUGGGCAGCUUGCGGUCUUCAACUGA